UCAAUUUUAAAACCAGAAAUUUCCCCAUUACGUUACACAUCUUCCAAUUAUUAUGAAUAUAUAAAAUAGAUAUAUACAUUAUAAUAUGAAAAUCAAUUUGUUAGUAUAUGAAUUCACCACCAACUGCUGUUGUAUUGGAAGAACAGCAACCUUAGUAGCUUUCAUGUCCUCCUCAACUUCCUCAAUCAUUCACAUUCUUUUCUCUUACAUUAUACAACAACUCUUCUAUAUAUGUAUAAUACAUUUCUCAUUAUUUUCAGAACCCUUCAUUGUUGUAUUCAUUCAUCCAGAAAAUGAGGACCAAAUCUCAAUCUUCUGUCAAUCUGAAGGUCAUAUUCACAUGCUGCUCAAUCUUGAUCUUUCUUGUCAUCUUCUUUGCAAGAUCAAACAUAUCUUCUUCAAAGCCCAUCUCCAAAACCAAUCUCUCUCAAGAGAAAGAAGAGCAAGACCAGGCUAAACCAGAAGGAUGCCCAACAACACAACAAUGCACGAAGAUGCCAAUUUCUUUAUCCGACGCAUUGGUUCACUACGCCACCAGUAACGUCACUCCACAACAGACAUUCGACGAAAUCUCUGUCUCAAAGAGAGUCUUGGACAAGAAGUCACCAUGUAACUUCCUCGUCUUUGGUUUAGGUCACGACAGCCCGAUGUGGGCAUCUCUCAACCAUGGUGGUCGUACCUUGUUUAUUGAGGAAGACAAGGCUUGGAUCGAGAUAGUGACUAAGAAAUUCCCAAACUUGGAAGCUUACCACGUCGUUUACGACACGAAAGUGAAACAUUCAGACAAACUGAUGGAGCUGGGAAGAUCAGAGGAGUGUAGAUCCGUGACCGAUCCAAGAAACUCGAAAUGUGAACUGGCGUUGAAAGAUUUUCCGGCGGAUUUUUACGAGACGAAAUGGGAUCUCAUCAUGGUGGAUGCUCCAACUGGUUACCACGAGGAAGCUCCGGGGAGGAUGAGUGCUAUUUACACGGCGGGGCUUUUGGCUCGCAACCGUGAAGACGGAGAAACAGACGUUUUUGUUCACGACGUUAACCGUCCGGUGGAAGAUGAGUUCUCGGCGACGUUCUUGUGUAAAGGAUACAUGAGGGAGCAAAACGGGAGGCUAAGGCAUUUCACCAUCCCUAGCCAUCGGGCUCGUGCUGGCAGACCCUUUUGUCCGGUGGAUGUUAAUCGCCGCCGUUGAUUUUGUUCCGGGAAAUAUCUCUGUGUUGAGGACCCAGAGUCACUAUGCUUAGCUGUCUUUUUGUUUGUGUGUUUCUGCUUUUAUCUUGAUGAUUACGUUUUUUUUUAUGGAUUCAGUGCAUUUACUGAAGCGGUAAUAGUAAAAUAGUAUUCUUCAUAUAUUUAUUAUUAUUUGAAUACAAAUAAGGAUGAUCAUUGGUCACA